AUGGAUGAAUUGUUUCAGCUUCACUUGCAGCGUAUUGCCUUGGUAGAGAUAGACAAGGCCUUGUGUCCAAUACUGCUUGCCGAUGUUGGGCCUCUAUUGUGGCGUGAUCCAAAAAAUUCUGAUGUUUCUCGCUGGAUAAGAGUUAAGGGACUUAAGCUAAACCAAGUGGUCGUUAAUCAACCUUAUCGUGUGGCAAACACUGGCGGAGGAAGACUGCAAGUUUUUUUCAAGUCGGUUGUGGCUUGCCGUAAAGGUCGCAGACGUCGGCGGACUAAUGAAUUUAAAACCAGGAUUUUGUGCACUCAAGUUUCGUUUGAGAGACGAGAGUUUGGAGAGCUUUGGGCAUUUGUUGAAUGGUCUAAAACUGUGUUUACCUUCAACGGAUGUGACUCUCCUUUGCAUUUGUUCUUGCAUUCUGCUAUUGUCACACUUUGA